GUACACCGCAAAGUCAAUCGUACGAGCACACAGCGGGGUUCCCUGUUUUUUCUGUUUCGUUCGUUUUUUUUUUCCCCCGUAUUUUUUUUUCCGUAUUCGUUUCUAGUUUUUUUUGUUCAUCACCGGGACGAAGAACACGAAAAAACUACGAAAAUGAAAUCGAAAAACAAAAAUUCAAAGAUGAGCAACCCCAUUCCUGAGGCCUAAGGUUAGUAGCGGUUGGCAAAGAGCGGGCCCCCUUCUUUUGCGAUUUCUUUGUGCAGCAGUUCCCUUCUGAAUAGCACUGAGCCUAGCACUUUCUGCUCUGCGCUUGACGAGGUGGCUUCUUGUUGCCAAAGACACCCUGUUAUCUCUAGCGCCAGUGAUGAUCAGGGCCUUGUUCUGCGUGAUUGGGGGUUACACAUGGGUUCGAGGGCUAAUAAAAAAGAUGGAUCAACGGGGGUGCAUGGGUUGCUGCGUGAGAUCCACUCUUUUUUCCCACAUUCGUGGUUUUUUGGGGCACCAUGGCUUGCAACCUGCUCGAGGUGUGCCCUGCACGGCCUUGCUCUUCUGAGUAAGACUGACCGAUGGCAAGCCGGCUUUCUUCUUUUCCUCUUUUUCCUUUUCU